CACUCACUGUUCGCUAUGCUUUCUGUGUCCCUGUCCCUGUCUCGGCCUCACAUUUUUCUUUUUCCUUGUUUCUCUUUCUUCACGUUCUUUGAUCUUACCGUCCACCUAAAAUGUCGGUUGCCGCAACCACUUCACCGGCCUUUGGAACACUUUACGUUUCCCCUUCUCCUAGGAGCAGGGGCACGCCUCGAGUAACGAUGGCUCUCCGAUCUGUUGUUUCAGUAGGCUCGAUCUUGACUAAGUUACAGCAAGACUGUGCAACUCCUUUACCGGUCAUUCGCCACGUGGCGGAUUCCAUGACUGCUGACAUGCGAGCUGGGCUUGCUGUUGAUGGUGGCAGCAAUCUCAAGAUGAUACUCAGCUAUGUUGAUAGCUUGCCUAGCGGAAAUGAGAAGGGAUUGUUUUAUGCAUUGGAUCUUGGAGGCACAAAUUUUCGGGCGCUGAGGGUGCAGUUAGGUGGGAAAGAAGAGAGAGUUGUUGCCACGGAAUUUGAGCAAUUAUCGAUUCCUCAAGGGCUUAUGUUUGGUACAUCUGAGGAGCUUUUCGAUUUUAUUGCAUCCACACUGGCUGGAUUUGCAGAAAAGGAGAGCAAGAAAUUUCACCUGCCGCAUGGAAGGCAAAGGGAAAUUGGGUUCACAUUUUCUUUCCCUGUGAAGCAGACAUCCAUUGACUCUGGCAUAUUAAUGAAGUGGACCAAGGGUUUUGCAGUCUCCGGAACGGCAGGGCGAGAUGUCGUUGCUUGUCUGAAUGAAGCUAUGGAAAGACAAGGAUUGGAUAUGCGUGUGUCUGCCCUGGUUAAUGAUACUGUGGGAACUUUAGCGGGAGCAAGAUACUGGGAUGAUGAUGUCAUGGUUGCUGUUAUUUUGGGUACUGGAACUAAUGCAUGCUAUGUAGAACGGACGGAUUGCAUUCCAAAACUACAGGGGCCUAAGUCUUCUUCUGGAAGAACAAUUAUUAACACAGAAUGGGGAGCGUUUUCAGAUGGUAUUCCUUUGACUGUGUUUGAUAGAGAUAUGGAUGCAGCUAGUAUCAAUCCUGGUGAGCAGAUAUUUGAGAAGACAAUCUCUGGAAUGUAUCUAGGAGAAAUUGCACGGCGAGCUCUAGUCACAAUGGCUGGAGAAGGUUCUUUGUUUGGCAGGGCCGUCCCGAAUAAACUAUCCACACCUUUCGCACUCCGGACACCAGAUAUAUGCGCAAUGCAGCAGGACAAUUCAGAUGAUCUUCAAGCCGUUGGUUCAAUUCUACAUAAUGUAGCUGGGGUUGAAUCCAGCUUAAGUGCAAGGAAGAUUGUAUUAGAGGUUUGCGAUGCCCUUGUAAAGAGAGGUGGACGCUUGGCAGGUGCAGGAAUUGUUGGGAUUCUUCAAAAAAUGGAAGAGGAUUCAAAAGGUACCAUCUUCAAUAAAAGAACAGUGGUUGCCAUGGACGGUGGAUUAUAUGAGCACUACCCUCAGUACAGAAGUUACCUUCAAGAUGCUGUCACCGAGCUUCUGGGAUCAGAAAUUUCAAAAAACAUAGUCAUAGAACAUUCAAAGGAUGGGUCUGGUAUUGGAGCUGCUCUCCUAGCAGCCACAAACUCCAAGUAUGAUCAUGAUUUUUAGGUCAGCCAGCAACCGGCUAGCCAUGAAGGUAAUUUACUCCUAUGUAAUUAGUCUUUGAUUAGAGUGAAGUAGUUGGGAUUUGUAAUGUGUACUUGAAUUCGGAAACUAGGUUGAGAAUAAGAAGACUUGUCCACGAUCUCAUUGUAAUUCAAGAGAAAUAACUGUGAGGUCACAUUUCCUGGCUUAUAUGCACCCUAGCAUAUGGUGCAAUUUUGUGUCAUGUGUAAUGUAAGUCAAGACCAUAUGUAAUAAGAGUGUGAUUUAUGUAUCUUCAAAAUCAGAUGCCUCAUGCUUGCUCAA